AGCCGCCUCCUUCUCGAUUCAGGCUCUAGCUGGGCAGGGUGUCUCCUGGCCCCUGGUUAUCCCAGCCUCCCUCCCGGUGUCCACAGCAGGAGGCCAGCUGCGGCAAGGCUGAAGGGUGGGGAGUCAGGGCUCCUGGGCACAGCUUGAAGAGCAGUCAGAAGACCCCCCAAAGGGUCUCACUCGGUCCUGCGGUGGGAGCUUGGACAACAGGCAGGGAGCCCCAGUUCCUCCUGGUGGUCAAGACCAGGCCAGCUCUCUCCAUGGAUGGCACAGGAGAGGAUGCCACCACAUUCACUGCACGCGCUCUGCCAAGCGACCCCCGGCUCUGGGCUCCGGUGACCAGCACGGACCUGGGCACAUGCGUGUACCAUGACGUGCUGCAUGUGAGCGGCGUGUACAAUGGGGCUGGGGGGGACACGCACCGGGCCAUUCUGCCUUGCCCCCUUAAUGUCAGGCUGGAGGCCCCUGCAGAACCAGGGGAGCAGCUGGAUGAGACCUUCACCCUGGACACCAACACAGGCUCCUUUCUGCACACAAUGGAGUCGGCCAGCUUCCGAGCCUCACAGCGCAUCUACAUGCACCGCACACUGUCCCGUGUCCUGGCCUUCAGCGUGUCCAUUGAGCGCGUGGCUGCCGGAAGCCAGCCCGUCACAGUGCGCCUCCGGGCAGCUUUCUCCCCAGACAGCCCAGACCUGGACCUGCACCUGGGCCCCGACUUUCUUGGAGCUCGGUGCCUGUAUGGGCGCACGCUCACCCCGGAGCAGCCUGGGAGGCACCAGCAGGAGGUGCACAUGCUGUGGACGCCUGUGCCCGAGGCCCUGACCCUGGAGGAAGGCGAAGAGAACAGGGUCUGGGAGUUCCUGACCACAGUGGGUGGCAGCCAGGCAGAGGCCCGAGCUUUGCUUCAGGAGGCUCUGCGGCUGCGGGAUGGGAGCCUGCUGUACAGGACCCAUGCACAGGCCUGGGCGGGGCUCUGGGCAGGCUGCGGCCUGGACGUGGCAGGGCCCCUGCGGCUGCGCCAGGCCCUGCGAGGUGCUCUCUACUACCUGCUCAGCGCACUGCCCCAGCCUGGGGCCCCAGCACCCAUCUGCCACGGCCUCAGCCCUGGGGGGCUCUCCAACGGUAGCCGUGGCCAGUGCUACUGGGGCCACGUCUUCUGGGACCAGGAUCUCUGGAUGUUCCCGAAUGUCCUGGCGUUCCACCCCGAGGCUGCCAGGGCCAUCCUGCAGUACCGCAUCCGCACGCUGCCCGGGGCCCUGCAGAACGCCCUCAGCCUGGGCUACCAGGGAGCCAAGUUUGCCUGGGAGAGUGCGGGCUCCGGCCUGGAGGUCUGUCCUGAAGACAUUUACGGGGUCCAGGAGGUGCAUGUCAACGGGGCUGUUGUGUUGGCCUUUGAACUGUACUACCACGCCACCCAGGAUGAGCAGCUCUUCCGGGAUGCCGGAGGCUGGGAGCUGGUCAGUGCUGUGGCCGAGUUCUGGUGCAGCCGAGUGGAGUGGGUCCCUGAGGAGGACAAAUUCCACCUGAGGGGAGUCAUGCCCCCAGAUGAAUUCCACUCAGGCGUUAACAACUCCGUGUACAGCAACGUCCUGGUCCAGAACAGCCUACGCUUUGCUGUCUCUCUGGCUGAGGACCUGGGCCUGCCCAUCCCUGACCGGUGGCUGAUGGUGGCCAACAAGAUCAAGGUGCCCUUUGACCCGGAGAGGAACUUCCACCCCGAGUUUGAUGGGUACCAGCUUGGUGAGGAGGUGAAGCAGGCAGACGUUGUGCUCCUGGGCUACCCUGUCCCCUUCUCCCUGAGCCCCAGUGUCCGGAGGAGGAACCUGGAGGUGUACGAGGCCGUGACGUCCCCCCAGGGCCCUGCCAUGACCUGGGUGAGGAGGCUGGGGUGGGAGCUGGGCUCCCCGCCCCGAGCAGCAGCCUCAGUCUGGGUCCUGGGUCCUCCCAACACACAGAGCAUGUUUGCGGUGGGCUGGCUGGAACUGAAGGAGCCGGCUCGGGGACAGCAGCUUCUGGAAAGGAGUUUCGCCAAUAUCACAGAGCCCUUCAAGGUGUGGACCGAGAAUGCUGACGGGUCUGGAGCCGUGAACUUCCUGACGGGCAUCGGGGGCUUCCUGCAGGCGGCCCUCUUUGGGUUCACGGGGCUCAGGUUCACCAGGGCAGGGAUAACCUUUGAUCCUGUGUGUCCGGCGGAGGUCUCUGGUGUUUUCGUCUCUGGCCUCUGCUACCAGGGCAGCAAGCUCGACUUCUCCUUCUCCGAGGGCUGGGUGACACUGGAGGUCACGGUCCGCACCGGGCCCUGGGCGCCCCCGCUGGAGGCCGAGCUGAGCCCGACCCAGGCUCGGCUAGCCCUGCCCCCAGGCCACAAGGUCUCCUUUCCUCGAUCCGCUGGCCGGAUACAAAGAUGUCCCUGCAGCUGCCCCGCUCCAGGAGGGGAGGCUCCGGCUGGGAUUCCAGGAGGCCUCUUGGAAGAUACCAGGGUGCCUCCACCCCAGGCCCUCUCCCAGGUGCUGCCCUGAGAAGUUUCUGGGGGUCCCUGUGCUCAUCCCCUGCCCCUGCCCUUCCCAGAGCCCCUGGCCAGCCGAGCCCACUCCAGCCCUCCUACCUUGUCCCGGCUCCGUCAGCCGCCUGGCCCUCCAGGCUGGUGGUGUGUCUGUCUAACCCCCUGCCCUCCCCAGGAGUUGCUUCUCAUAGCCCCCGCCCCCGCCCCCCAAGGAAUCAACCAGCAAAUUGGGACAUGGGAGGUGGGACCAUGUGGGGGCAUCCCUCAGACUGGUACAGCUGGCUUCACCAUA